AUGCAAGAAGUUUUGUUUACAUACCACCAACGUCUGGAUCAACCACCACCACCACCUUCACAACAGUCGCAUUUACACGCGUCGACUCCAACACCGACUCCCUUGAGUAAUAUGAAAAGAAAGCAAUCAAGCGAAGGUGAAGACCCAUUUAAAGAUAGAAACUAUAAAUCGAGAAAAGAUGCAUCUACAACAAACUUAUUACGGCUACAACAGUCACUUUCUAAUAGUACAUUUAUUCGAAAUUCAAACUUGAAUAAAUCAUACAGGUUUAACGAACCAAUAGAAGGUAUCAAUAACAAUUUGCAUGACACUACCUUUUCCCAAACAACAGAAACAGAAGAGUUAGUAACACUAAACCGGUUAGAUGAACAGCUAGAGGUAGCAGGAAAAGUAGUGGUCGAAGAAGAAGAAGAAGAAGAAGAAAUGGAAGAGGAGGAGGAAGUCACUUUAGAAGUACUAGAAAAUAUGCAAAAAUUGGAGAAUAAUUUCCCCAUAUUAGCUACUGAUUAUCGAUUAAUUGAUAAAAUUGGCGAAGGUACAUUUUCCACUGUGUACAAGGCUGAAUCUUUAACUGGGAAGAUACGGUUGGGAUCAGAUAUUUGGAAAUCACCACCUUUAAAGAGGAAGAAUCGAAACACUUUAAAUUUCCAACAAACAAGGAAAAAAAAUCCCAUAGUUGCUUUAAAACAAAUUUAUGUCACGUCUUCUCCCAAUAGAAUAUUUAAUGAAUUACAUUUACUUUACAUGCUUUCUGGGAAUUCUCGUGUCGCUCCGUUGUUGGAUGUUUUACGUUUUCAAGAUCAAAUAGUGGCCAUAUUACCUUAUUACAAUCAUUGUGAUUUCCGUGAAUUUUACCGUGACUUACCCGUAAAAGGUAUUAAAAAAUACUUGUGGGAAUUAUUUCAAGCUUUGGAUUAUAUUCAUGGCAAAGGGGUUAUUCAUCGUGAUUUAAAACCAACAAAUUUCCUUUAUGAUCCAUUCAAGGGGAAGGGAGUGUUAGUUGAUUUUGGUUUAGCUGAAAGAGAAAACUUAUCGAAAAAUACAACAACUGAAUCUUCCACCACCACCAAUACCACUUCUUCUUCUUCAUCAAUAUCUACAGCAUGUCCUUGUUUGAAUAAAGAUCAGAAACUUAUAAACCGUACUCAUUCUAAACGUUUAAAUGUCAAAGGUGCUUAUCCAAAGAAUGAUAAUAGACCACCAAGAAGAGCCAAUAGGGCUGGAACAAGAGGGUUUAGAGCUCCAGAAGUGUUAUUUAAAUGUACCAAUCAAACCACCAAGAUUGAUAUUUGGUCAGCAGGAAUUAUUGGUUUUUCAAUUUUACUUCGAAAAUUCCCUAUAUUUAAUUCACCAACUGAUACUGAUGCUAUUUUAGAAUUGACAUGGAUAUUUGGUUAUGAUAAAAUGGUUAAAUGUGCUGAACUUCAUGGAUGUGGACUUGAAAUAUCUAUAUCAGAAAUUCAUAAAUCAAAUGGUAAUUUAAUUAAAAUCAUGUAUGAUUUUUUAAUGAAAGAACAUAUUAAUGGAUGUUUCCCUUCUGAUAGUGUUGUUUAUGAUACAUUAGAUUUAUUAAAUGAUCUGGGAGAAAAAUUUAUUAAACCAAUUUAUACAAUUCGUGAAGGAAUUUCUGAUAUGGAAAAAAUGAAAAUUAAUGAAGAAUUCACUAAAAGACAUGAUGAUUAUAAAGAUCAUAAAUAUUUAAUGGAACUUUUAUAUGGUUGUUUUAAAAUGGAUCCUUCUAAAAGAUUAAGUGCUAGAGAAAUAUUACAAUUACCAUUUUUCCAUGAAAUUUUACAAAUAAGUGAAGAUGAUACUCAAGAUGAAUUAAUUCAUCAUCAAUUUCAAAAUAAUGAAGAUGAAGUAAUUCUAUCCAAGUAA